UGUAGACGCGCACGCGCACGCAUUCCCAGUUGCACACUAAUUUUCAGCAGUCUGGCACAGCGACGCAUUCAGCAUAGCGGCUACUGUGCAACGUGUGCCUUGGCUCUGGAACUUCAAGAGAGACGAAGAGGCAGUUUUUUGAAACUCCUUUAAGACUCUGGAUCAUAAAAUCGCACUCGAUUUUCUUUCCUUUUUCCCUCCCUAUUUUCUCCUCCUCCUCCUUCCUGUGGUUUCCUGUUACAAAGCCUCGGGAGGGAGUUGCGCGCACAGCCCAGUUUCUCCGUUGAAACUAAAUGACAGGAUCAGAAGCUGAGAUUUUUCGGCAUCGUACGGACAUUUUAUAGCAGCGGGGCAAAGAAAACGAUGAAAGAGAAGACGGCGUGACAUUGACGAGGAUGUGGAAUGAUUUAUAACUAAAGAAACAGACACGAGAAACAAAUCCGCUGUUACGGGGAAGACGAGGAGAAAGCGGUUGCUUUCUAUCGGCUGAGGAAACAUACCAUCGCCACUACCACCCGCCUAGUAAUAGAAGAAGUGACAUGUGACCUUCAUCUGAAUAGAGUCUCCCUGUUGGACGUAUAGGAAGACAGCUCACAGACACACUGAGGAGGAGAAGAAAAACAAGGACCUGAAAACAGAACAAAGGGUAAAAAAAAAAAUCAACAUCUGUGCUGUUCACAAACCCAGAUUGCCAGGAGCCUCUCUGCUCUCCUGAGUCCUUCUUGAUCAUCCGAGUGAGGUCUCGGUCUCCCACUCGCACCAUUUCCACCAAAUGGGAGUUUACGUCAGAGAAAUGGCCUGGGUGAAGGUCUUGCUCUUGUUGUCCCUAUUUGGAUGUGAAAAGUCUCUGGGACUUAACUGGAACCCAAUCCCACGCAAGACUGUGCGCUAUCAGGAUGUUUUGGACAGCAUGGCCAGGUUCAGCAUUCAGGGCGUCUUCAACUACAGCAUGCUGACACUGUCGGAACAUGAGAGAGUUUUGUACGUCGGAGCACGCGAGGCACUGUUUGCCUUGGACCCCAAUGAUAUUAGCAGACAGCUGCGGCCACAGAUUGACUGGCCAGCUCCAAUGGACAAGAAAAGGGAGUGUGUCGUCAAGGGAAAGAGCAAUCAAACCGAGUGCUUCAACUACAUCCGCUUCCUGCAGAACUAUAACCACACGCACCUAUACACGUGUGGUACCUAUGCCUUUCAACCCAAAUGCACCUUUGUGAAUGCAGAUUAUUUCAGUCUCAGCGGCGCCGUCCUGGAUGACGGGAAGGGCAAAUGUCCUUAUGACCCUGCCAAGGGUCACACUGGCCUUAUAGUAGACAAGGAGCUCUACUCUGCCACGCUCAACAACUUCUUGGGAACUGAGCCAGUCAUACAAAGGAACUUGGGCCAACAGCACUAUAGUAUGAAGAGUGAAUACUUGCCGGCAUGGCUCAAUGAACCAGACUUUGUGGGUUCAGCCUUAGUUCGAGAGAGCAGCGGCAGUAAGGAGGGUGACGACGACAAAAUCUAUUUCUUCUUUGGUGAGCGAGCAUUGGAGCUGGACUGUGACACUGAGCUCAAUGUGGCAAGAGUGGCCCGCGUCUGCAAGGGUGAUCUUGGUGGCAGCCGGACCCUGCAGAAAAAAUGGACCACCUUCCAAAAAGCUCGGCUGGACUGUUCCCUCCCCGAGCGUCAUGUGUCCUUCAACAACCUCCGGGCUGUCUUCACACUCCCGGGGCAGGACUGGAGGGGGACUACCUUCUUCGGCAUCUUUCACGCUCAAUGGGGUGAUGUGGACGUGUCGGCGGUAUGUCAGUACCAGAUCAGUGAUGUGAAGAAGGUGUUUGAAGGCUCCUACAAGGAAUACAGGGAGUCAUCCCAAAGGUGGGGGCGCUAUACUGGACCUGUUCCCAACCCACGGCCUGGAUCGUGUAUAACGAACUCAGACAGGGAAAGCGGCUACAACAGCUCUCUGCAGCUACCUGAUGCAACGCUCAACUUUGCCAAAAAGCACCCGCUGAUGGAGAACAAAGUACUUGCUCGCCCCCUGCUUCUCACCAAGGGUGUGAACUUCACAAGGCUGGUUGUGGAUCGGGUUAUUGGUCUCGACCAAAGAGCCUACAACGUUCUCUUCCUUGGCACAGCUGAAGGCUGGCUGCAGAGGGUGGUUAUCUUGGGCUCUGAAGCCCACGUGAUUGAAGAAAUCCAGCUCUUUGACAUCACGCAGCCAGUUGACAGCCUGACUAUUUCCCACUCCAAGAAGUACAUCUACAUCGGCUCUCGUUCAGAGGUUCUCCAGUUGCCCUUAGCCAAUUGCAGCCGCUAUCAGUCUCAGCCAGACUGUCUGCUCGCCAGGGACCCCUACUGCGCUUGGGACAGUGAGGGUCGAGCUUGUGUUCGCAUUGACCUCCAUCGAGGUUCCACGUCUUCGCUCUCCCAAGACCUAAUGCUGGAGAGAUUCAGCCGUGGAAAAGCCAAGUUUGACAAGCCUGUCUCCAUCCCAAGCCCCGAGCACUCCCGCCUUCGUAAUGUCACAGUGGUGGUGGGGUCAGACAUGGUGCUGCCCUGCCAUUUGAUCUCUAACCUCGCUCAGCCCUUCUGGGUUGUCAACGACCGCGAGCUCCUUCUCGGCGACCCAGAGGCCGGAGGGCCGCGCUUCGACCGCGCUCUCAAGGCCCUUGUUGUACCUGAGGCGGGUCAAAUCCAAGCGGGACGCUACAUCUGCUAUUCCGAGGAGCAGGGUGUGAAGUUUCAAACGGAGCGCUAUCAAGUGGCUGUAGUCGCAAGCGCUCCCGUCUUCAUGGAAGCUCGAGCUCCAGACAGCAGCAUGGGGCUCUUCUGGGUGCUGGUCAUCACCCUUGGUGCCGCCUGCCUCCUGCUCUUGGUUGCAGCGCUCUACCUGCGCAGGAGACUGAAGCUGGCCCUUGGGAAGGGGGCUGACAUGAAGCCUCUCGAAAGUACCCUGGUCUAUCCCAUCACCCUCCCGAAGGAGCCGCCCACUUUUGUGCCCAGCAAAAUGCCCACCGACGAGGACCGUUUCUGGGAGACGGGUGCCAAUUACUACUACUCGGACGGCUCGCUUAAAAUUGUUCCCGGUCACGCCCUGGGGCCCAACAGCGUCAGCAGCACGGCGUCACCCAGUGCCAUUCCAGGCCAGCCCAUCCACUCCCCCAGCCGUCUCAGUCUCACCAACAUCCGAGGCUCCGGUAGCAACGGCUACAUUCGCCUGAACCUGAGUACAGCAGGGGAAGAGAGGGCUAGCGGGUCUUGCGCUGGUGGCGGCGGGCUGGGGGGCCUGGGCAUGGGUGGGAACGACUACUCAAGCCCAUUCAAAGAGGAGCUAAGGCGCACCCUGCAGCAGAGGAGCGUGCUGCCUGACGCUAAUCCAGAGGAGUCGUCGGUCUAGGCCUUUUCCCCGUUUCCUCGAGAUGGAAAAAACAAAACAACCAACCUACCUCUCUCCUUUUGAGGAUGCCUGCCUGCUCUCUCUCUCUCUCUCUCUAUCUCUCUCUCUCUCUCUCUCUCUCUCUCAUUCUGUGACACGUUGUCACCUACCAAUGCUCUUUUCCCUCACCCUGCCAAUGCCUGAUUGGCUCACUGUAGACAUUUCUCGCAUGUUAAAUAUAGACACUCACACCCAUGGGUCGCCAACACGUGCUCACGUAAUUAUUGUGUGCUGUGCACCACCAAGUCUUGGGACUUCUGCUUCCACUGUGUAAUAGCCAUUUGUCUAAACGGUGUAUUUGCACACGAGUACACCGUAGGCAUGGUAAUCGAACCAACGGCAUUAUAUGUUGUCUGAGGGGCACGUUUAAUUCAUGUUGGGCGGACCAAGUAAGACUUCCAGCAUCUUUGCUGAGAUCAGUUGAUGGAUGACAAGAACAAGUUCUGUUCCUUCCAGACUUUCUUUCAGCUCGUACUGCACUUAAAACCGGAAGCUCGUCUUCCCUUAUUUGUAAUGGUGAGCCAAGAGGAGGCUAAUUAAUGUUGAAGCAAGAAAACAAUCAUAUUGGCAUAUGAGGAGCUCUGUGAGGACGUCAGAGACAAUGAGAAGCCAAUUGAAGUGAAAUGAAAAUGAGACACAAGGGAGCUGCUCAACGAAGGAAAUUCUCUCUAAAAUGUUUUGGCCCGAUUUCUUUUCUUUGUCUUCUUUGUGAAUCUUUGUCUGUUGUGAUGGUUGCUUUGAAUUAAGACAUUUCCCCUAGACCUUUUUUUUUGUAAUUUCUUGAGGACCACUGCAGUCUUCAAGUGGUCGUCAAGUGACUUGAGUCUAACUUUUGUGAAGAACAAGUGCUUACAUUCCAGGCUGCACCCUGCACGGUGACCUUCAAAGCACCUUCAAUGUACUAAAAGUGCAUGAGAACCACGUGUUGUUGAAAAUACAUGUGAGAUCAGCUGUUUUGGAGACUUGCUCAUUCCCUUGGAAAAAGAAAAUGCUGUUGGCAUUCAGCAAUAAGACAAAGACUGCACACAUUUCAACAACACAAAGACAACGAGCAUGGAGAAUGUAGUUGAACUUUCAUUGUGGCGACUGCUGUGGAUGUUUCAAAUAAGUGCUUUACGUUUUGUACGGUGACAGUGGUAACUGGCACUGCAAAGGAAACGACCGCGCUCAGUCACACGCCCAACGCUUUGAAUGUCAAUAAGUGUGCAACAGGACACCGUGAAUCCCAUCCCUUACUGAUGCCUCGAGACCAAUUUGGGAUCGUUGUGUUGUGGACACAGAGGUUAAGAACAUUGAGACACACACAAGGCCCCCAUGGAGGAUGGAAUAAUUAUUUCCACAUGGAUAGGCUGGAGUAGGACAACGCCACUGAAUCUGUUACAGGGUGAUUGUUUGGGACAUGUCUGCAUUGCGCAGGAGAGCAACGCAAGACAUUAAUAUUGAGCUGUUAUUGAGCACUGUGGACCGGGUUUUAUAAUGGCACGCAUCCCAAUGACCUGGUCAAAGAGGUUCUCGGCCGUCAGACCAACAUAUUGCAUGACCAACAGCAAAAGGACUGUACGUUUCGAUCAUCCUUGUACAAAAGCGUCUUUUGGGAUUGAGCUUUUUUGUUUUGGAUUUUUUUGAUAUGAAACACUACAGUAUUGUAAAACACUAAUGAGGAACUCUUUCAGGGUGAAAAAAAGCUUUUUUGGUUCAAAGAAAGGAUUUUGUUUCAUGGCUGUGUUCCAUGUGUCACUUCACCUUUGAGUAAGCCAAAGUAGACUGCAGAUGGUCUUCUGUUGCCCCCCAACCCCACACGUUACUUUUCUGGAAUAGAUCAAUAUUCAGCUGUCCGUCCACUUUGCAACACUGAGCUGCUGUCUCCAAGCAUUCUGAAUAGUUUAACUGCAGCAAAAUGUUCGCUCACGGAAAAAAUGGCUUUGGGCGAAUUGAUUUCCUGUUUGUUUCCUGUUUAUUGGAUUUUCGGUGAUCUCCUGGACCUGAUUCUUGUUACUCCUUAUGAAGGCUCACUAAUGUACCAAAACCACAAUUUCAUUUGUUAACUGCCAAAAACCAAAUAUGAAGCUUUCGAGUGAAAGCAGAUCAGUGCUAGAAUGUGUGCACUUGAUGGUAUUCAAGACUUUGACGAAGUUAAAAUACUUUCUUUGAAUACACUGGUACUUGGUUAUGUCUUAUUGAGUAUUUCUUCUGUCAUCAAGCUUUGCUUUACUUUGCAUUUUGAAGGAAAAGAAAACAAAAAAUGAUUAAACAUGUAGAGGUCUUUAAUUGGAGUAAAAUGCAUGUCUUAGAAGACGUCAAACUUCACAUUUGUUUGCCAUAACCACUCUCGUGCGGUAUUUUCAUUUGCGUUCAUUCCAGUUGACCUAGUUUUGCUUGUAUCUUAUCAAUCUUUUAUGUUUGUUCUAAAGUAAUGUUAAGUAACUUAUUUGUUGUACAAACACAUUGAUAUUUAUUAUCAUUGUACAUAUGCCCUUAUUUUUUAUAUGUGUGUGUAUAUAUACACAAAUAAAAGAAGAGAUCUACU